CCCUAGUCCCCUGCCCCCCAGUCCCAGCCGGUGCCGCAAGGAGCCUGGUUGUGAGGUGUCUGUCCUGGACUGCAGCUGGCCGGGCGACAGAGACUGCCAGCCACCUGCACCUGGCGCGGCUGCCUUCCAGUAGCUUGGGCACCCUCUCCCCCUCCCCCUUCAGUCCCCCACUCCCUUCCCACCUCCUCAAACCCUGACAUCAGCCUCCUCCUCCUCCUCCUCCUCCUCCCCUCCUCCAUCACCACCUUCUCCAGGGAGCUCAGCUAGCUUCCCACUGCCUCCUCUCUCCUCUUCCUUUGCUCUUGCCAUUCAGCCCCACCACUCCCCAUCAGCUAGCACUUCUGCCUCGGCUUCCCCCUCUCCCUGCCCCCUUCUCAAUCUCCUCUUUUCUCUCUCUCCUCCUCCCUCCUAACCCCCACCCUAAGCACCCCCUCCCCAGGACAGGGGCCGUAGCCUUGUCAUGUCAGGAUGGAGAUCCGGCAACACGAGUGGUUCUCGUCCUCCCCCCACGAGGGCUUCGAGCAGAUGAGGCUCAAAAGCCGCCCCAAGGAGCCCUCCCCGAGCCUCACUCGAGUAGGUGCGAACUUCUACAGCAGCGUCAAACAGCAAGACUACAGUGCCAGUGUCUGGCUCCGGAGGAAAGACAAAUUGGAGCACUCUCAGCAAAAGUGCAUUGUGAUCUUUGCCCUGGUAUGUUGCUUCGCCAUCCUAGUUGCCUUGAUAUUUUCAGCUGUGGACAUCGCAGGAGAGGAUGAGGAUGGACUCUCAGAAAAGAAUUGUCAAAAUAACUGUCGAAUUGCUCUGGUGGAGAACAUUCCUGAAGGCCUUAAUUAUUCGGAAACAGCACCAUUCCAUUUGUCGCUUUUCCAAGGUUGGAUGAAUUUGCUCAACAUGGCCAAAAAGUCUGUUGACAUAGUGUCUUCUCAUUGGGACCUCAACCACAGUCAUCCAUCAGCAUGCCAGGGUCAGCGUCUUUUUGAAAAGUUGCUACAAUUGGCUGCUCGAAAUAUUGAGAUCAAAUUAGUAAGUGAUUCAACAGUCCAGUCAAAGGUAUUGGAAGACUUGAAAGUAAAGGGUGCGGAGGUGACAUACAUUGACAUGAAUGCUUACAACAAAGGUCGACUCCAGUCAUCCUUCUGGAUCGUUGAUAAACAGCACAUUUACAUUGGUAGUGCCAGCUUGGACUGGAGGUCACUAGGGCAGAUGAAAGAACUUGGUGUCAUCUUUUACAACUGCAGCUGUCUGGUCCUAGAUUUACAAAGGAUAUUUGCCUUGUAUAGCUCAUUAAGAUACAAGAGCAGAGUGCCUCAAACUUGGUCAAAGAGGUUGUAUGGAGUGUAUGACAAUCAAAAAAAAUUGCAACUUCAGUUGAAUGAAACAAAGUCUCAAGCAUUUGUGUCGAAUUCUCCCAAAGUCUUUUGCCCUAAAAAUAGGAGCUUUGACAUAGAUGCCAUUUAUAGUGUCAUUGACGAUGCUAAGGAGUUUGUGUUCAUUGCUGUAAUGGAUUACCUGCCUGUCUCUAACACAAGCACCAAAAGAACUUACUGGCCAGAUUUGGAUGGGAAAAUAAGAGAAGCAUUAGUUUUACGAAGAGUUAAAGUCCGACUCCUCAUCAGUUUCUGGAAGGAAACAGACCCCCUCACAUUUAACUUUGUUUCAUCUCUUAAAGCUAUUUGCACUGAAAUUGCCAACUGCAGUUUGAAAGUUAAGUUCUUUGAUUUAGAAAGAGAGAGUGCCUGCUCUGCAAAAGAACAAAAGAACAAUUCCUUUCCCAAGUUAAAUAGAAAUAAAUAUAUGGUAACUGACGGAGCAGCUUACAUUGGGAACUUUGAUUGGGUAGGAAAUGAUUUUACCCAGAAUGCUGGCACAGGCCUUGUUAUCAACCAGGCAGAUGUGGAAAACAGCACAAGCAUCAUCAGGCAACUUAAAGGGGUGUUUGAAAGGGACUGGUAUUCACCCUAUGCCAAAAAUUUACAACCAACUAAACAACCUAACUGUUCCAGUCACAAACUUAACAAAUUGGUCACAAACAAGACUGCUGCAGCAUACAAUACAAGCGAGAAUGACCCCUUGAGUGUACAACAUGAAUGAAGACACCUGACAGGAUGGACAGAUUGAUAUUUCGUAUCUACUAGGGGAGGUGGGGAAGCCAAAAAAAAAGUCUUUUUUAAGGAAAAAGCACACAACAAAAAUGUUCUCUGAACUGCAUACAAUAAUAUCUAUAUAACUAUAUUAUAGCUCUAUAUACAAUGAUUUAAGACUUUUAUAUUUGUUACUUCUGACAAUGAAUGUCAUUUCUGCUUAGAGGGUAGUUUUCAAGUUUUACAUUUGAAUUUAAAGACUUCAAUUCUCAUCCUGUUUCUUUGCCCAGUUAUCACCACAAGAUCUGAGGGGGGAAUGAAGGUGAGCUCUGUGAUGCCACUUCAAGAUCUGUUGACUUACAGAGGAGAGUGGGUAUUUCACCUUGGCAAAGAUACCAGUAGGGGCACAUAAAUCACUCCUCCCGUUCCUGCACCACCACACCAUCAUCCAAGCAUCAGUAGCUUACGUUUAUACGCCAUCCUCCAAAACUAUAUGUGAAAAAUGCCAUUUGGUCUUCUCACUCAAUUCCUUCCAACAGCAUAGGUUUUAUAUUCUCUUCGCCCCUUAUAAAAUGUUCUUGUUCUAAGGAUUCCUUCUAAAUUCUAUUAUGUUCUUUCUCUACAACAUUAAUUCUUAGUAGAGUAUCUUUUGCAAAUGCCUUAUUCCUCUGAAUGACUACACAAAGGAAAUGGAAGUUUUCAACUUUCACUUUUCAACUGUGCUUUUCUACUAAAUUGGUAUUUUUGAACUGCAACCUUCAAUAUAUUGAGCAUUUUUGCCUGCUCCAAAAGUCAGGUGGAUUCCCAAUUUGGAAAAAAAAAUAAGCACUAUUAAUUCCCAACAAGGUUAGGUAAAGCCAGAUUUGGUUUAGGUUUGUUGGGGUUUGGAUUGGGGGAGGGGGGAAUUGGGAUAUUUAUUUUACAUUUUUUAAGAAUCUGGUAUUAUGGAGGAAAGACCUUUGUGGAACAAUUAUUUUACUUUGCUUAAAAUCAUUAUGAUGCUUUUGAGAGUAAGUCAGCAAAAGUUUGUAGCAUUCUUCCUCUAUAGUAACUUAAGAUACCAAAUGCUUUUCAGAAAAAUGCAAUUUUAAAACUAUGCUUUCCAUAUUUUACUAAUUAGCAAAAGGAUGCUAAUUAGCCUUGUUGUUCUAUACUCUCAUUGUGUGUGGUUAUUUUAUAAAUAUACAAUACAGACCCAUAAAUAUAUUAAUAGAGGCUGUUGUCACAUGAGAGAGGCAUGGUCUAGUCUGAGCACGUAGUUGGCAGCCAGGAAUAGAGUCCCAUGUCUCUUCCUGGCUCCCUCUAUAGCUAGAGACAAGGCACAUCACCCCUUUGCCUCCAGUUUCUAUUGGUAACGUAGGGACAGUAAUACCCACCUACCUCACAGGGAUGUUGUGAGGAUUAGGAAAUAUUUACAAAGUGUUUUGAAAUCAAAAGAGCCUAUAUAAAUGCUAAGCAUUAUUACAUAUAAUCUUCUUUCUUGGGAUCAACUUGGUGAUAUCCUAAUGUAAUCUAUACUAAGUUCUUCCUGAGGACCUGAUGGAGGAACAAAACAUGUCUUCAAAGCUGCAGAUUUGGAUAAAAAAUCUCAUGGAGAUGUAAGAACCCUGAUGGAAGUUUGAGUUAUCAAGGAUGCAGGGAAAGCAUUUCAGUGGAACAUUUUGGCAUGUCAUUCUGUCUCAAUGUGUGGUAACAUCAACAUGGAACACUGUGCUGGUCAUCCUCUUGGAAAACAACAAACCAAUUCGUUUUCAGAACAAGAGAAAGCAUUCUCACCAAACACAAUGCUUCUUUUUCAACCACUUGGUUCUUACUAUGCCAGAAGAAACAGAGAUGUACAUCAGUUUUAUCAGCUGGAUCCUGGGAUUAAAGGAUGACUGAUGAUUUGUCUCACUAUUGCAAAACUUUCUGGUUGUUUUAAAAUAAUGCUUGGUUGGACGUGUCAACCAGUUAGAAAAUGGUGCAUGUGCUAGAAUUGUAUUUUUUUAAAGAAUACUGUACUUUUAUGAAAGAAUUUGAUUUUUUAAAGGUCUGUUGGUUUUAAUGACAUUCUUUAUCACCAAUGGCCAGCCUAUUCAGCCUGAGUAUUUAACAGAAAUUCCGUUUUUUGUAGGGUGCUACAUGGAUAGCUUUGAUAUAAUGCGGGGAUCAAUAACCAUUCCAGUAAAGUGCAGUAAGGUUUAGUAAGUUAGCUUACAUAAAAAUACAAAGUGGGGGGAAAACUAAGAUUACCCUUGAACUAAAUAGAGCAAGCCUGAGUUUAGAUCUGCAAAGGACAGCUUUAAAGGGAGAAGGGAGCAGCUGGUUCCACUGGGACAGCACUGUUUUAGUUCUAGAGGGAGAGGUGAGAAACACCACACAAGCUCUCUUGGAAUAGCUACAGUGAAGAAACAUGUUUGAAGUAACAGGGGGGUGGAUAAAGAGAGGAGGAAGUACAGCUCCCCUUUGCACAUGGAAGGAGAGACAUUGUGCUGGCUAGGAGCUGCAGCAUACCUCCCUACCCUGCCAAGUGGAACCAUCACACCCUAGACUGUGCCCAGAAUCUGCUUCUGCCCAUGUACCAACAGCAAUAUCUCUACCCCAAUAGUCCCAGAAAUAUAGUGCAGGGACUUUCUAACCUGAACAUACUUGGCAAAUACAAGUUGGUCAAGAAGUGCUUCAAGACAUUGACGUUGUUCAGCUUCGUGGAAGAUUGCACCUGGGCAAUAUUAGGCAGAAACAUUACCAUGCAGAAGGCAUUGUUUUUUGUAGCAUUUUGAUUUGCUUUUCUAUUUGGGGUAGAGGUGGGAAGGGGUCCCACUGCUUCCCUGUGAAAUGGCACAUUUCCUUUUUGGCCUUGAAGCUAUCUAUGCUUAUAAAUACAAGAGAUCCUACUUCCCUCAGAAGAACGCUGGAGGAAAAUGUUUUAUUCCCCAAGCUCACCCCAAACUCUACAAGAAUUAUCAAGAAGGCACCUUUCUUACAAUAAGAGUAGUUUGGUUGACCCCAGAGAUAAUUCUCCCAAGGAAAGCAAAUGAAACAUGGUUAUUUGAGAAUAUAUGAUAGACCUGUGUGCUGCAAACAUUGACUAGUGCCUUAUUCAUUCUCAAGCAUUGAGUUCAAAUAGUGGUUAAUUAUACAUAGAUAAUUAUUCAGUUCAAUUUGAUAUCACUUGCUGACAAAAAAAAAAAGAUUGAGAGCCUUUCUACUGUAGCCUUGCAGAUAAAUACCCCAAAGUUUACAAGCCCUCUAACUCUUUCAACCAGCCUACCCUUCUCCCAAGUCACACCCCCUGUAUACACAAUCAAAUUCAAGCACCUAUUUUGUUGUUUGUUGUUGUUGUUACCAUUGUCAUGCCAUGCACUGCAAUUGGGCCUUGAAAUCUUUGAAAGAUUAACUUAGCUGUAAAUCAAUGGUUUAGAGACUCCUGUAGACUAUAUAGUCAUUCUCUGCUGUUGUUCAUGAAUCAUAGAAACUUAAGGGUUAAAAGGGACAUCAAGAAGUCUAACCUCUAUUUGAAGCAUGAAUCCCCUCUUAUGACAUCCCUGACAAGUGGUCACUCAGCCUCAGCCUGACCACCUCCAGUGAAGUGGACCUUAAGACUCCAUGCCUUGGUGUGGUGCUCAUCCAUGAAUGUGACAGAAUAAACACACAUUAAAAAUUUCUGCCAAGACACCACUGUCUUUCAAGGAACACAUAGAAGGAUGUUUCAUGGCACUCUGGGGUUCAAUGGGUCACAGUGCAAAAAUAUAUGUUAAUUGACAUCAGAAGUAACUAAGAGUCCCCAAAUAUGCAACUUUGAGAGCUAAAUAUUCCUAAUCUGUGUAGCAUUACCCCCAUCUUAAUGCUCGUGGAGCAUUUUCCAAGAAGGCUGUAUCUGUGAUAUAUAUCUCAUUUUUGUCUUGGGCUGAAAUGAGAUGGGUUCAAACCUUUUGUUUGAUCUUGCCCUUUUAACUUUUUGUUAAAUGCAAUUACUGAGUUAUUUUUUAAAGUGCCUCACUGAGCCCUAGAAACUGAAUGAUACUUAUUUCUCACCAGCUUGUAGCUGUAGUCAGAUAAAUCAAUUGGGACAUCAGGCUGUACAAGACAUUGUUUUGCUCUAAGAACACUUGAUGGAAUACAAGGUCUAGAAAACAUCACAACAUAAGAAUUGCUAAGCAGGGUCAAACCGAUGGUCCACCCAGCCCAAUAACUAUGUGUUAGAAUUUACCUUUUCUUCAUGUGCCAUUCAUACUCUAUUACAUGGGGUGGGAGCAGGUUGCUUUUGGGUUUUUUUUUUAUCUGGACAUGUGAUUUAAUCACAGUGGGUGACCCCCAGUGUGGGAAACUCUUUCCAUUAAUGCAGAUCAGUAGAUCAUCUAUAACUUAGUUGAAUAUUAGAGGUUAGAAUGGUGUGAAUAAGAGGUUAAGUGACUUACCCACAGUCACAUGGUUAGUAUAUAUCAGAGGCAGGAUUUGAAUCCAGAUCUACCUUGACUCCAAGGCCAACCCUCUGUCUACUAUACCAUGCUGCCUCUCCUCCUAAGUUUGCUGGUCCAAAAUUCAUUCCACUAUUUUUGAUGCUCUUGAAAGGCCUCUUGAACUCUUAAUUGGAAUGAUCUCCUCUGUCAAGUGAGAUGCUUGUUGUUUAUCAAACAUGAGUCCCCUAAAAAGAGUCCCACGUAUUCCUAAUAAAUAUUUCAUUCACUUCAUAUGCUUUAUUCUUAAUGCCAGCCUUUUGGAAAGUAUAUACUUUAUCUUCAGCCUUCUGGGAAGCAAAAUUAAUCUGACUUCCCUUUAACUAAAGUCAGACUGAAUACAUUUUUUUCUGUUCUUUUUCCCCCAUGUAAUAUAAUUUUGCUUCUUUUCCUAAAUAGGAACUAUUACUCCUUUUCCUGCUCUAUUUUGAUAACCAAAUUGCUGUUUGCUACUUCUGCUUUAUUCAUUUAAAAUUGCUGAAAGGCUUAAAUAAACGUUGGACUCAGAUGCAGCUUGCAGCCUGGCAUUCCCAUUUGGGAGAAUUCAUAUCUUUAGCUGAAUUGCAAUCAUGGCUUUAUGUAAUAGCCAGCCAGAUCGUUUCCUGGACCCUUAAAAACUGUGUUUUCUUCAUUUUAUGUGGAUCAUGAGCAGUACUGCAGGUCCAGAAUUUUUCAAGAUGACUCCUGUUACGUAAGUAAUUUUAGGUACCUAUGUGAAAAAGAAGUAUGAGUUUUGAUAAGCUGGAUAGGUGUUUGCUUUUGCUAUGCUAACAACUUUCUAUUCUGUUAUAAAUAUCUUGAAUUUGUAACUGCAUCAUCAUUAUACUGAUAGAAUACAGUUAUAUCUCAGCCUAUGUAGGGACAUGAAACUAAUCUUUAAAUUCAUAUACAAGUUGGCACAAUAAAGGCUGGGUUUAGGAGAUAUUUAUAAAUCUCAAUUCUUUUGUACAACUGAUCACUAAACUAAAGUAUAGUAAUGAAGACCUGUUCAUACUGUGACAUGAGGCAUGUCUUCUUUUUCAUCACAUCUUGGUCUCAGAAACCAAGUUAGAUGUCAAUUACCAUGUUAUAACAUAAGUGACUGAAAAGAAUAAGGUCAUUGCUGAUGGACCCAUGGAUUAUAGUCCUACUGUUUUGUAAAUUAGCCCAAGAAACUGUCUUUGUAACAUUACUCUUAUCUCUAUAAAAAUGUUUGUUUUUAACAAUGUGUUGAUUGUUAAUGAAUGAGUGAUCUUUUUGAUCUGGAAAAACUACCAAGGUCCCUACACAUGCACUAAUAAUUCCUUCCAAAUGAGAAAGGAAAUAGUCCAUAGCAAUUCUAGUUUAUCAUCCUUCCAUGCUCAGCCAUCAGCUAUCUAAUCUUUCCAUGUAAAAACACUAAGGAUAAUAAGGGGGAGGGGUGCUGCUUUUUGUUCUGUUGAAUGGCUAUGAUCAAGGGA